GUGUCGUGUUUCUGAGUUUACUCUGCGCCACAGAGCCGCUCUGAAUCACGCGUUAUGAUCCUGACCUGAACACUUCUCUCUCUUUUUACCCCGUUCAGACCAUAAUCUCGCUUUAUUAGUGUUAAUUUAGAGUUUAAAAAAGUCAAAAUGUCGAAUAUCACCUAUUAUAUUUCCAACUUGUUGGAAAAAAUGACCUCAACUGACAAAGACUUUCGGUUCAUGGCCACCAAUGAUCUGAUGAUGGAGCUGCAGAAGGAUUCUAUAAAGCUGGAUGAGGACAGUGAGAGGAAGGUGGUGACCAUGCUCCUGAAGCUUCUGGAGGACAAAAACGGGGAGGUUCAGAACCUGGCCGUCAAAUGUUUAGGUCCUCUGGUGAGUAAAGUGAAGGAAUAUCAGGUGGAGACGAUGGUGGACGCGCUGUGCUCCAACAUGGUGUCGGAUAAGGAGCAGCUCAGAGAUAUCUCCAGCAUGGGGCUGAAGACAGUUAUCGCUGAACUGCCCCCAGCGUCUGCAGGUUUGUGUCUGACUGCUAACGUCUGUAAAAAGAUCACAUCUCAGCUGAUUGGUGCCAUGGGGAAGCAGGAUGAUGUACCUGUGCAGCUGGAAGCCCUGGAUAUCCUCUCAGAUAUGCUGGGAAGGCUCGGCAGUACGCUGGUCAGCUUUCACCAGUCCAUUCUGACCAGUCUGCUCCCCCAGCUCACCAGUCCACGCAUGGCGGUCAGGAAGCGUGCCAUCAUCGCCCUGGGUCACCUGGUGCCCAGCUGCAGCCCCGCCCUCUUCACCCAGCUCACCGAACACCUAAUGGGGGAGAUGACCAGAGGGGGCGCUACAGCCAACACUCGCACCUACAUCCAGUGCCUGACCACCGUCAUCAGGCAUGGAGGCCACCGAGUCGGUGAGCACCUGGAGAAGAUCAUCCCAAUGGUGGUGAAGUUCUGCAGUGUGGAGGAUGAUGAACUGAGGGAGAACUGCUUUCAAGCCUUUGAAGCUUUUGUCCGCAGAUGUCCGAAAGAAAUGUCUCCUCACAUCCCGACGGUGAUUAAGCUGUGCUUGAAGUACAUCACCCACGACCCCAACUACAACUACGAUGCUGAAGACGACCAGGAGGAGUCCAUGGACAUCGGGAGUGCAGACGAUGAAGAGCCGGAAUCUGAUGAUGAAUACAGUGAUGAUGAUGAUAUGAGCUGGAAGGUGAGGCGCUCGUCAGUAAAGUGUCUGGAGGCGGUGAUCAGCAGCCGGAGGGAUCUGCUGGUGGAGCUUUACGGCUCGGUGUGCCCGACCUUAGUGUCACGCUUCAAGGAACGAGAGGAGAAUGUAAAAUCUGACAUUUUCCUGGCCUUUGUGGCUUUAGUGAGGCAGACUAAACCCCCUCAUGGCUCUGCACUGGAUCCUGGAGCUAAGGAGGACCCAGCUGUUACUCUCUUAAAGAAACAGGUUCCCACAGUAAUAAAGGCCUUACACAAACAGCUGAAAGAGAAAAGUAUGAAGUCCAGGCAGGGCUGUUUCAGUAUCCUCACAGAGAUGGCCAAUGUUCUCCCUGGAGCUCUAGGAGAACACAUUCCUAAUCUCAUUCCAGGCAUUGUGUACUCCCUCACAGACAAGUCCACCUCCUCCAACAUGAAGAUUGACGCUCUCGCCUUCCUCCACGUUCUCCUGUCCGGCCACACCCCGGAGGUCUUUCAGCCGCACAUCAAAAUCAUCCUGCCGCCGGUUAUUACCUGUGUUGAAGACCCUUUCUAUAAAAUCACGUCCGAGGCUCUGCAAGUAACUCAGCAGAUAUGCAGGAUAAUGCGUCCUCUGGAGAAACGGUCCUCGUCCUCGUUUGACGCAAAGCCCUACGUCAAGGAAGUCUUCGGCAGCACCUUGAAGAGGCUAAAAGCUUCGGAUAUCGAUCAGGAAGUGAAGGAGAGGGCCAUUUCCUGCAUGGGCUACAUUGUCAGUCACUUAGGCGACCAGCUAGGUGGCGAUCUUCAGCCCACUUUGCAGAUCUUUCUGGAAAGACUCAAGAACGAAAUUACAAGACUUACGGCAGUGAAGACUUUGUCGCUUAUUGCAGGAUCUUCGCUUAAGAUUGACCUAAGAUCGAUCUUGACCGAAGGAAUCCCGAUUCUUGGAUCGUUCUUACGCAAGAACCAGCGCGCCCUUAAGCUGAACACUCUAACGGCCUUGAACAUCAUCGUCACCAACUACAGCGAUUGUCUCAAACCUGCUAUGAUCGAGUCGGUGUUGAGCGAGUUACCUGCCUUGAUCCAGGAGAACGAUAUGCACGUAUCUCAAAUGGCUAUUGGGCUUUUGACCUGCAUGGCCAAAGUUUGCCCGUCCUCUUUAGGCAAAAUUGGAGCCGCCAUCUUGCCUGAAGUUCUCCACUUGGUGCACUCUCCAUUACUGCAAGGCGGUGCCCUCAGUUCUAUCGUUGAGUUCUUCCAUGCUCUUGUCUUGACCAAGGCCAGCAAUACAGGCUACAGCGACCUCAUGAAAGCGUUGACCGGUCCUUUCUAUAAGUCUAAAUCGCCCGACUCCUUGUCCGUACACAGACAAUCUUACUAUUCUGUGGCGAAGUGUGUGGCGGCUCUGUCCUCUUCAUGUCCCAAGGAAGCUUCUGGAACUGUCGCCAACUUCAUCCAAGAGGUGAAGAACCAGAAGACGUCGGAGUCGGUCCGAAUCCUGUCCUUCCUUUGCCUCGGGGAAGUGGGACGUUCCACAAACCUGGGAGGACACAAAGAGCUGAAGACCGUCAUCAUGGAGGCCUUCAGCUCCCCAAACGAGGAAGUGAAGUCCGCAGCUUCCUGUGCUCUUGGAAACAUCUGCGUAGGAAACCUAGAGGAAUACCUGCCGUUCCUGCUGAAGGAGAUUGGCGCUCAGCCCAAGAGACAGUACCUGCUUCUCCAUUCCCUGAAGGAAGUGAUCAGUGCUUUGUCAGAAGAGAGUCUCAAGCCUCACGUGGAAAACAUCUGGACGUUGCUUUUUAAGAACUGCGAGUGUGGGGAGGAGGGGACCCGCAAUGUUGUGGCAGAAUGUCUUGGCAAGCUGACGCUGGUGAACCCAGCUCUGCUUCUGCCCAGACUUAAGAAGCAGUUGUCCUCAGGCUCUUCUCUGGCCCGCAGUACUGUCGUCACAGCCGUGAAAUUCACCAUCGUCGACCAUCCUGUUCCCAUAGACUCACUUCUUAAGGACAGCAUUGGUGAUUUCCUGAAAACCAUCCAGGACCCUGACCUCAAUGUGCGCCGGGUUGCCUUGGUCAUGUUCAAUUCAGCCGCUCAUAAUAAACCAGGCCUGAUUCGUGGUCUGCUGACCUCAGUUCUGCCCAAGCUCUACAACGAGACGCAGAUCAGGAAAGAGCUCAUUCGUGAGGUGGAGAUGGGUCCGUUUAAGCACACGGUGGAUGAUGGGUUAGAUGUGCGUAAAGCAGCUUUCGAGUGCAUGUACACUCUGCUGGACAGCUGCCUGGACUGUCUGGACAUCUUUGAGUUUCUCAACCAUGUGGAGGAAGGUCUUAAAGACCACUAUGACAUUCGGAUGUUAACCUUCAUCAUGCUGGCCAGACUCGCCUCUUUGUGUCCGUCUGCUGUGGUACAGAGGCUGGACAGACUUGUGGAGCCUCUUAGAGCUACAUGCACUACGAAGGUGAAAGCCGGAUCAGUGAAGCAGGAGUUUGAGAAGCAGGAGGAGCUGAGGCGUUCAGCGAUGCGUGCUGUGGCAGCACUUCUGUCCAUCAGCGAUGUGGAGAAGAGUCCAGUCAUGGCAGACUUCGCCAACCAGAUCAGAACCAACGCAGAGAUGGCCACCAUCUUCGAAAGCGUUCAGGGGGACCCCAUCUCAGGGGCCGUGGAGUCUAUGGACACCAGCUAGGACUUAAACUUGAGAAAGUUGAGUUGUGAGUGAGCUUGUGUUUGAGAACUGCUGAAUUGUGCAGAAUUCUGUCAAUAAACAGAUUUCAGUUGUGAUAAAAAAAAAAUGGUCUGAGCAAGUUAACUCGAGUGCCAUGGGUCAGAACAAAGGAUGGAGCAAAUAUUUGGCAACCCAAAAUAUUCAUCACAUUAAUUUUUUUUUUUUUUUUGGCAAAUCAUUCUGGAUGCCAAGUAUUUGUGGAAUGAUAAUUUAAAGCAAAUGAAAAUGUUACAUUUGUAAUAAGUAAUUAAAUUUUAGUGCCUUCUAA